GCCGGUUGGCGAAAAGCGAGCAGACCUCACCACUAUUCGGACUCACCUCCACAAUCGAAAAUGAGUAUAUAACUCCCGUCGGUCUGCCUCUCUCAGCUGUUUUUCUUUCCUCACCAGCCUCAGCUUCUCCAUCAAUCUCUAAUUCGUGUCCAUCUUCUCAUUCUUUAGAAGACAGCACAGUCACUCUUUGACCUCCUACUCUCAUUAUUUUCAUAAUCCACUGCUCUUUGCAACCACUCCCAAUCACCCUCUAUAAUCUAACACCUCUCUCUACAUAAUUCAAAAUGCAGUUCCGAAAGGGUAUUCAGAUCGCCGCUCUCCUGUCGGCUCUCUCCCACAUGGGAGCCGCCGCCCCGGCCCCGGCCGGCGGUGUCGAGGCCCGCGGUGAUAACUACGGUUACACCGCUCCUACCCCCAACAACGCCACAUACACCUCCGCCGCUACCUACGGAGCUCCUACUCCCGUCGCCGGCUACCCCAAGGGCGAGGACUACGACCACACCAAGUACCCCAACGGCAAGCCGUCCGCAGGCUACCCCAAGGGCGAGGACUACGACCACGUCAAGUACCCCAACGGCAAGCCUUCCGCCGUCGACUACCCCAAGGGCGAGGACUACGACCACGUCAAGUACCCCAACGGCAAGCCUUCUUCCGUCGACUACCCCAAGGGCGAGGACUACGACCACGUCAAGUACCCCAACGGCAAGCCUUCUUCCACCGGCUACCCCCACGGAAAGCCCACAUAUGUGAACGGCAAGCCUACCUACCCGGCUGCGGAGGACUGCGAUGAGAACGGUGUCCCGUACUCGUCUUACCCUCACGGAAAGCCUUCCGGCAAGGGUUACCCCUCCAAGUUCGGCGGCAAGGGUGACUACCCGUCCAAGACUGGCUACCCGGCCAAGACCGGCACCGGCUACCCCUCCAAGACUCGCUACCCCGGCAAGAACCACGGAGACGACGAGUCUGACUCCGAGCACGGAUCCGAGUACGAGUCCGAGGAUGAAGGUCACGGACACGGCAGAAAGCCCACCGGACACGGACACGGAUACAAGCCGUCCAAGCCCACCAAGCCGUCUUACCCCGUCGCUAAGCCCACCAAGCCCACCUACACCAAGCCUAACGGCCACGGAUACCCCUCCAAGGGACACGGUGGUAAGGACUGGGAGUCCGAUGACGAGGAGGAGACCUACCCCAAGGGUCACGGUGGAAAGGACCACGACGAUUCCGAGUGGGAGUCUGACUCCGAGGACACCUACCCCAAGGGUGGAAAGCCCCACGGAGGAUACCCGGCCAAGUCCACCGGCUACCCCUACGGACCCAAGGACACUGGUUACCCUUCCAAGUCCACCGGCUACCCCUACGGACCCAAGGACACUGGUUACCCUUCCAAGGGUACCGGCUACCCCCACGGAAAGCCCUCUGGAAAGCCCACCUACCCCAACGGCGGCAAGAACGUCGAUGAGGAGGAUUGCGAUGAGAACGGUGUCCCGUACUCGUCCUACCCUCACGGCAAGCCUUCCGGCAAGGGAUACCCUUCCAAGGCCACCGGCUACCCUAACGGACCCAAGGACACUGGUUACCCUUCCAAGGGCACCGGCUACCCUAACGGACCCAAGGACACUGGUUACCCUUCCAAGGGCACCGGCUACCCUAACGGACCCAAGGACACUGGUUACCCUUCCAAGGGCACCGGCUACCCUAACGGACCCAAGGACACUGGUUACCCUUCCAAGGGCACCGGCUACCCUAACGGACCCAAGGACACUGGUUACCCUUCCAAGGGCACCGGCUACCCUAACGGACCCAAGGACACCGGUUACCCUUCCAAGGGCACCGGCUACCCUAACGGACCCAAGGACACCGGUUACCCUUCC